CGUUGAUAAGAAGUCUUCUUUUUCUGCUCUUGUCUCACUCUGAGCCUCACAGAGGAGGCUGGGAAGGUCGUGGAUAUUGUUUGCUCUUGAUCUGAAGUUCUGCGUCUGGGUUGCUCCUUGUUUCGCUCGUCUGUGGCAGGCCUGCUCAUGAGUGACCAGGGCUUUCGUGUGACUCUCCCCACAGGAGCGGCAGAGAUGAGUGAGCAAAGAAUGAUCUACUCAGAACUGAAUCCUGUCAAAGUCCCAAAGAGGCCGCCAAGGAAAUUUUCGAGCACUAAGACUUCUGUUUCAACAAAUGAGCAGGAGAAACCCCCCCGGCUGUUGAAUUUACAAAGCCACAGUGCUUCACAGAGGCGUCCAGGGCACGGCAGUGACCACGUCUGGGAAGGUUAUCUAUCGCCCUCCGAGACGCCCUUCGCUGCGCUCCUGGGAACCGUCUUCCUCAUCUCGAAAGCCUUCUUGCUGGCAGCCACGGUCUCUGUUUUUCUGUUUUUUCAGUGUAUUCAAGAAAAGCAACAACAGCAAGAAAUUCUAGCAAAUCUUAGACAAGAGUUCAACAUCACACAAAAUGCUAGUACUUUAAAGGAACUUUUGACAAAUAAGACUUUAGAAUAUGACGUUCUUAAAAGUAAAACACACUGGCAAAAAGUGGAGCUGGAAUCACUUUCAAAAAGCAGAUGUCAUAAGAAAAAUAAGAUCUUUUCAAAACUUUUGCAAAAUUCAGGUAAAAUUUGUGAAGGCCACUUGACCUGUUAUGGAGUAAAAUGUUAUUACUUUAUCAUGGACAGUAAAGAUUGGAACAGCUGUAAGCAAACUUGUCAGAAUUACAGAUUAUCCUUUGUGACGAUAGAAGAUAAAGAUGAACUGGACUUCCUUCGACUCCAGCUUGGUGGAAGUUCUUACUGGAUCUGGCUGUCAUUUGAUACCGGGGAAAAUGGGUGGAAGUGGACGGAGAGCGGCGCGUCUCCCGGAAUGAAAGGAAAAUGUGCAUGCUUAAGUGCAACAGGAAUAUCAAAUAUUGCUUGCAGUAAGACCUACAAUUGUAUCUGUGAAAAGAGAAUGAAUGAUACUUUCCCUGCGUCACUGUGCAGUGAGGAGAAAAGGGAAAGUCUUCCUUUCUUCGAAAGCACAGUCAGUCUGAAGCAGGCCCGCAGUGACCACUUCUUAGCGCCUGCGGCACAAUGCUCAGGAACCGUCCCGACCUCCCUCAGCUGCAGAACGGAAGAGAGGGGCCGUUCGGGACUGCAUCUGGCCAAGGACCCGAAGAAGCAACAAGGGAAACGUAAGGGAGCGAAAAUUCCCAUUUCCUUACCUGAGCAGCAGAUCGCCCACGUGGAACUAAAUCUCAGCAGCGUCUCUGCAGAGUCCCUGGGAAGGGACUCGCACCGCUGCCACAGCAGAGUGAAUGCUCUGAAAAUAAAAUCAGGCUCUGGACACCUGAUUGGGCGAUGUGAAAAAAAGUCCCACUGUACACCUAUAUUUGGAUUCAGGGUUCAGAAGAAGCCACUUUUCUUGGACUAUAUGCUAUGCAGUACCCUGGACUCGGAACUGGAAGCAAUGGGAGUCUGUAAUGAAGAAGAAAAUAUUAACAGAUGGAAAAAAAGAAAUGACAAGUUCGGGGAUGCUUAUUUUAUUAAAUGACAGAACUUUUUAAAAUAUUUGAGUGAAACAACUGGGUCUUUUCUUUCAAUAACCAGAAUUUUCGUGAUUUUUAGAGUCCACACAAAACUAAAUUCUUAUCCUCUCAAAAAUCGUUAAUGUCCAUGGCAGAGAUUUUGUGCUUGUUUUGUGUUGCAUUUUGUUGCUAUUGUCCAUUUUAUUUCUGAAGUGUGUGAUCUAAUCUAUGAAUGAAAGCCAGGGCAGAAAUUUGCCACUGUAUACUUCUGCAAAUCUCAUCUUUAUGAAAGAGAAUGAGAUUCACAUGUUACUAACAUACAUAUAAAAAGCAGAGGAUAUUUGAAACAUGGGAUAUGCUCAGAACACUGAGCUCCAGCAGAAUAAAGAAAA